AUGAUAUUUAUUCUUGAUGAUAACACCGAAGAUAAUGUUAAUAAUAUUGUUGAUAAUAUAGAUUUACUAGAUGCUGAUGUUCAAAUGUUUGAACAACAUGAGCAACAAGAGGAACAAGUGGAGAAGAAAACUAAAAAAAGGAGCUCUGAUGAGCCACUGAUGGACACACAUCAUACUGAUAAUCAAAUUCCAUUGGUAAGUGUAAAUUUUGAUGACAAUCAAAAGGAAAAUAUUGUUGAAAAUACUGAUGAAGAAGUACUGAUGAAUGAACACAAUGUGGAGACACAACCACCACCGGUCAAGGAUACCAUAGAGGAAGAGAAGACAAAAGAAGAUAAGACCAAGAAGGAGAAAACUAAGAAAGAAGUGGUAGAGAAAAAGGAGUCAAAGGAGAAGAAAAUAAUUGAUGAUGAUGAUGAUGACUUAGAGAAAAGGGAAGAUGCUAAGAAAGAACUUGAAAUCUUGAAUGUGACAUUUAGGCCACUAAAUGCCUCAGCUAUUCUUUUUGGUAGAUCAAUUGCAGACUUACAUCACAAACUUGAGAUGUAUAAACAUGAGCAGGUAAAAUCGGCUAGGCCAUUGAAGGAGCUCUAG